CCUUCGAGGCGCAGAUGAUCUAAGUGGGCAGCUGCUUCUAUUCUCGCUCUCUUCAAUACCGCCUUCACAUGUUCGGUCUCAUGCAAGUAGGCGAGCCGUUAUGUGGCAAGGCAAGGACUUUUCCCAAAUACAUAUCUCGUUCCAGCUACUUUUGUCUUGAUUUCAUUGUGUACAUUGGGAUACCUGAAUUGAUUAACUAUCGUAUUUAUUUUACUACCAAGUGAACGGUAUAGGUAGUCUCAACUGAACACUGGGUCUAUUUAUAAUAUCAAUUUUUCUUGAGCGUUCUCUUCAUGGCCGCUGCAGACGUAGAGGUAUCUCCGCCAAAGGCACCUGGUUUGCCUGACUAUCUCCUCGACCCAAAUGCCACUCUGAAAGACGACAGCGCCAAAUGGAGGUAUGGCCGAGCACCAGACUACACCAACACACGAAAGGUGUACGAAGCGACCAAGACCAAAAGCCAUGAAGCAGCCAGUCUGCCAAACUUAGUGGAGAACCUGGUCAAGAAUUGGGAGGUAGAGGCAUCUUUCAAACCGGAAAUUGAUGACUGGCGAACAAUUGACCGACCAAACUACACAUUUUCCAUCAACGGCGGACCACCUCAAUCAGCGGAGCACAUGCUCAAAGUGGGCACAUACAAUGCUAUCAUCACACCGAAUGAUUACUACGAUCCAACAAAGUCAGACUUUGCAUCGAGCCACAAGACCUUCAAGCGUAUGAUGCCGACUUUUGCUUGGGAGGUAUUGGAAGUGUACAGUGGACCACCUACUGUUGCUUUCAAGUGGCGACAUUGGGGAGUAAUGAAGAAUGACUAUGUUGGAUAUAAUGACAAGGGAGAGAAAGUUACUGUUAAGGCUCACGACGGGCCAAUCGAUAUCCAAGGCAUUACCAUCGCCAAAGUCGACGAUAAAGUCCGCCUUCAAGCUGUUGAGACGUGGUUUGAUCCUUUGGAAAUGUUCCGCCAGAUCUCACCCUCCGGGGAAGUGACCAGGACGAUCCAUGUUCCCAAGCCUGGCGAGGACAUUACAACACAGCUUCACGGUGAAGGAUAUGAUGCAGAAAGCGGAACUCCAACCGACGAACCGGAAAGCACGCCUCUUGAAGCCAAAAAGGAUUUCGAAAAGGUGUUCCCGUCGCCCGAGAUGACACAUGAAGCUGCUGUAACUGGGCCUGUCGUUCCUGUGGUUGAAAAAUCCGGAGCGAAGGCCCAUGAAUCGGUACCUGAAGAGACCCCUACCUCAGAGGAGACGGCCUCGGCUGUUCACACUGAGAUGGCUUCCUCAACUCCAGCUUCUUGCCCUUUCCUUGCGCCUUCAGCACCAAGCUGA